AUGAUUACUUCAAUUGUUCCGGGGGAGUCUCUGCUCUCCGACCCAAAUACCGGACACCCCGUCCCGGAAUCCCAACGGUCACGGCCCAGGUCACUCGGCGACGCCCUACGGGCUGCCGGCAUGACAAUCGAUGGGCCCAGUGCAAGUCUCGGCUCUGAAACUCCAAGCGAAGAAGACUAUGAAGAGAACGUCCGACCAACCUUGACAGAACCUUCUGCUGUCCGUAAUCGUUACGCCCGUCGAGGCCACUCACGAGCAGAAGCGCUGCUCUUAUCAAGUGCAGAUUUUGAUAAAUUCACCAACCAAACAAAUUCACGCCAUGGCCGUCGUGACUCAGGCAUUUAUCUCGUCUCAGAUGAAGACAACAGCCUGCAGCAACUACUAAAGAGCAGCUCGCAAUGGUCACAGGAAUCUACCAGUCCGAAGCCUCGACGGCGCAAAUUCGCAGACCUUGUCUUCACCAGCCAAGUCUCAGCCUUCGACCGCCAUAAUCCAUCUGCAUCAAACAGUCCAUUCCACGGCUUCUAUACACUAUUCUGGCUAGCUGUUACUCUUUUCGUCAUAAAGAUAUCUGUACAGAACUGGCAAGUUUACGGAAAUCCUCUUGGAAGUAGCGACAUCAUGAAAACUAUGUUUCAUCGGGAUGUAAUAUUUCUUCUGCUCUCUGAUGGCAUUAUGUGUGCUUGCACAGCUAUGACUUGGUUGAUUCAACGGCUUGUAUCUGCAAACUAUCUGAAUUGGGAUAGAACUGGUUGGAUCGUCCAGAACAUAUGGCAAACUGCAUUCAUCGCGGGCGUUAUUGGCCUGACGCUUUGGCGUGACUGGCCAUGGACUCAUACUGUGUUUUUCGUCCUCCAUGGUCUAGUCAUGCUGAUGAAACAACAUUCUUAUGCCUUCUACAACGGUCACCUGUCUUCAAUUUAUAAGCAGCGCGCUACCAUAAUGAAGAAGCUCAAGCAACUAGACAAGGUUGACCCAGCCACGACUCCUUCGCAAACCGAGUCCCCUGCAGCGACCAUAUCGACGCAGCACCUUAGUGCUACCCCCUCUGCUGAGGAACGUCGCAAGUCUAUCUCAGCUCAGCCCGACCAGGAACAGACAAAUGUUGAAAAGAUUUCACAAGCCAUUGCCUCUCAUGUUCCUUUGGACGAUGAGCAAAUUGCUCUCUUCCAGCGCAUCAUGAACUGGGAGGUGGAUGCCAUGACAGACGAGCUAAAAGGGACCGCUCUCACCAUGGAUAGAGCAUACCCAAACAAUCUGUCUUUCAUUGAGCAUUACAAAUGGAUACCUUUACCAACUCUUGUUUACGAAAUAGAAUACCCAAGAUCCGAUUCUAUUCACUGGCCAUACGUAUGGGAGAAGGUUGUAGCGAUGGUCGGCAUCUUGUUCGUCAUGGUGCAAGUCUCACAGUACUCUAUAUACCCUGUUGUUAUGAAAACAGUGGAGAUGAAAGAGAACGGUGUGCCACUGUCCGGAAGAUUUCAGGAGUUUCCAGGACUUCUUCUUGAUCUUAUAUUCCCUUUCAUGAUGGAAUACUUGCUGGUCUGGUAUCUCAUAUGGGAGACUAUUUUGAAUAUCCUGGCUGAGUUGACAUGCUUUGCUGAUCGAAACUUUUAUGACGCAUGGUGGAAUAGCGUCUCGUGGGACCAGUUUGCCCGUGACUGGAAUCGUCCAGUCCACGUCUUCCUUCUCCGACACGUCUACCACAGCUCUAUCUCGUCCUUGAAGGUCAACAAACACACUGCAACCCUUAUCACGUUCUUCUUGUCAGCAUGUGCUCACGAGUUGGUCAUGUGGUGUUUGUUCAAGAAGUUGAGAGGCUAUCUUCUUGUCCUCCAAAUGUGCCAACUGCCACUGGUCAGGCUGAGCCGUACCAAGUGGCUACGAGGACGUAAAACAUUGGGGAACCUGAUCUUUUGGCUUGGAAUUUUUACCGGCCCAAGUUUGUUAUGCAGCUUGUACUUGAUCCUCUGA